CAGAAAAAAAACAGGGUAUUUUUUAGUAAUGAAUUACUGCUUUAACUUGGUAUCUAUGGAAGAGAUUGUCUAUAGUGGAGUUAUUUGCUUGGCUCAAAAAAAUCAUCUGGAACAACUUUUGGUGCCCACCAAAUCUGGUAGAUUUCUCUUUAAUCUGCAACCAGUUGAAUCCAUGAAGAUGUAUGAUGACAGGAAUGAGGCAUAAUGAGAUAAUUUCAAGAUCAAGAAGGUCUGACUUCUAUGACACACUCCUCCAACAAUUAUAUUUUUAACUGACAGUUUAUGGGGGCAGGAAAAUGACCCACUUAAGAAACAAUAAGCAACACUCAAGAGGAUUAUAUAGAAAUAGGUCAAUAGAGGAAGGACCUGCAUCAGAUAAUCAGGCCGCAUCUGCUUACAUCUUGUAGAAUCUGGUGGCAAAGCCAUAAAAUAUCUAUGUGGGAUGAAGUUAAAUUCAAAUGAGCUUGUUGAAGAAAGUGCAUGGCAUAAAUUAGACUGCACUGAAUAACAGCAUGCCUUCUAAUCAAUUUCUCCCAAAUUACAAAUAUUUAAUCAUAUUGGAGUUUGUAGUAAUUGGGUGUUUUGUAACUCAGUGAAAAUAUACAAUACUAUACAGUGUUUUUAUUUUGGCCUUGGACAAUAUAAAGUAAAAACAUCAACAAUAUGAAAUUAAAUGCAAUAUGUAUUGACAGAAAUGUACAUCAAAGAAGACCACCAUGUUCAGUGUUUUUAAUGUGUAUACUCAAUAAAAAAUGUAAAAAGCCAAUAUGAAAUUAACAAUUGCAAUAUGUAGAAACAGAAUUUCUACUGAAGGUUGUGAUAGAUAUGAACAUCUAUUUAAUUUUGAUUAUUCUGUAAUCCUUGGGGAUGGUAUGUUGAAAUCAUGGAACCAGUUAGUUAAAAAAAUAUAUCCUAGUACCUUGAUUAAGAAACCAAGUCUAGUGGUAGAAAAUUGGCUGUGCCAAUUUUUUUGGGGGGUGGGUGGGGGUGUCCUUAGUUUUUCAUAGAAACCCAUCAGUUCACAUAAACCUGAUUGGUUCGGAAAACCAAUUUAAAAUAAUUGUCUGAAUCUUUUGUUAAAAAUAUCUCUCUUUUCACUGGAUAGCUUAUUAAUGUGAAUUGACUUUUGGAGCCAGCAAUACAAAUGUUGAUCAUGAUUACGUGGGUUCAUCUUAUCUUGAUCUAUUGGAUAGUCACUGAAGGUUAUAUCCCCAUAUGUAUCAGUUAUAGAAAGGAGUUGGGCCAAUGAAAUUAUUGGGAUGGCUUGGGAUGAUGAUAUUACUUAUUGCUUGGUACUCAAUUGCUUUGAAACUCAUUGAAUUUGGUACUCAAGGCAUUUUUGACUUGAAAAUUUUGUUUGGUACCCAAUGCACAAACUGGAAAUUGUCAGUGUCACCUGCCUUGUGACUCAUUACAUUAUUCCUUAUGGGAAAAAUUGUUUGGUACUGAUUGGUUUUGGUACUUAUCAUGCCUCCCAGAACCAAUUAAUGAGUACCAAGGUACCACUGUAUUACUUCCUCUAUUACAGCCCACAGGGCAACCCUCUACAUUUUAUGAUACAGCUGUCAGAAAAUCUGAGAAACAGCAACCAUGACCAUCUCUCUGUGUGUGUCAAAAUCUGAAACAUGACCUUUUUCUAGGACAUUAUUUAAAAUGGGAAAAAGGAAGAAAGAGGCAAAAAAGAAAUCCAUUAAUCUGGGCAGUGAAACUGAUAAGUGGAUGUCUGAUUUACCAGAAAGUCUUUGGGCUGUACCCCUCUCUAAUCUGUCAUUACCAGGUAGUCAUGAUGCAAUGACAUAUUGUCUGGAUAAGAAAUCAGAAGUCAGUGCGAACGGAUCCAAAUUGUUGCAGCUACUAGAUAAACAUAUGCAUUGCAUAGUGCACCCUAUUAUUUUGAGAUGGUCAAUAACACAGGAUCUGACUGUGUUGGAACAAUUGGAUGCUGGAAUUAGGUAUUUCGAUUUUAGAAUAGCUCACAAACCUGAUGAUCCUUCCAUGAAAUUAUACUUUGUUCAUAUGUUAUAUACAACGGUGGAAGUUGAGGUUAUUCUGUGGGACAUUUUACGAUGGUUGAAAAAUCAUCCUUGGGAGGUUGUUGUUCUAGCUUUCAGAAAUUUUGAUGGCUUGGAUGGGAAUCAUCACAAACAUUUGGUCUCCUGUAUACAGAAGAUCUUCAGUUACAGAUUGUGUCCUAGAAAUAUUAUUCCAACCCUGCACAAUAUGUGGUCAAAUGGAUACCAAGUUAUUGUGUCUUAUGACAACAUAAUGCAGGUGGUACAACAUAGUGAAUUGUGGCCUGAAAUUCCAUACUGGUGGGGAAAUAAGGAUACAGCACAAAAGCUUAUUGAGUUUUUGGAAAAAAAGAAGCAAAGUGGUCGCCCAGAUGGAUUAUUUGUCGCAGGAAUCAAUCUUACCGCAGAUUUAGGAUAUAUUUUGACAAAUAUAAACAGCUCUGUUAAAAAAAUGGCUCUGAAGGCUCUUCCAUUCCUAAAUUUGUGGGUAAAGAAACAGCAUCCUGGAUCAAAAAAGGAUUGCAUUAACAUCAUUGCUGGAGACUUCAUAGAAAAGAAUAAUUUUGUAGAGAAUGUGAUAAACCUUAAUAGCAAACUGAUUUCACAAUAACUCUAUUUUGAUCAUUUUGAAAGGAGAUGAUGGGAGAUGAUUGUUUUGAAAGGAGAUGAUGGGACUAACUGCAAGGAUAAAGUAAGAUAUAAUAUAGUAAAUAAUUCCCUUACUCAUAUUUUAACUUGCAGUUAAGUAUUUAUUUAAAAACUGUAUUUAAACAUCACUGUAGAAAAUGUCAUAAUUUUAAAAAAAAACUUCAUGGAAAAAUGGUUUUCCUGCAAAAUGUGCAGCAUCUACAAAAUUUUGAAACAUGGAGAACUUUGAUCAACUAGUUAGUACUGAAAUAUUACUGUAGAGGUAGUAUGUUUGAGUAUCUCUGUGCUGUCCCGCUCACUUGCACACACAUGUAACAGUGCUUUAGUAGAUUUAUUAUUGUUCCAUGGCAAUUCCCUACACCAAAACCUCAGAACUGUCCCAAUUACAUCCAGCCAAAAGCAGACCUAUGUUAAUCCACACAGCAGUGGCCAAUGAGUCGACAAAGUACUUGUAAGGUUUUCAGGCAAGACAAAUCCACCAGGUAGAAUUAAAUCCACAGCACAAGGAAAUUCACGAGGCAAGAAAAAUCCAGAGUUCACAAGCCAUGAUCCAAAGUCAAGGCAUGGUGUCAGUCCAAAGCAAGCCAGUCAUCCCAGUCCCGAAGAAAAAAACUGCCUGAAUGACUUACCGACCUAUUGCAUUAACAUCUGUAGUGAUGAAGUGCUUCAAGAAAUUGUUUCUUCAACACCUUAGGUCAUGCCUCCCACCAAAUUUUGACCAAUACCAGUUUGCUUACAAGGAGAAUAGCAGAGGUAGUAUUCAGCAGGUUCUGACCAGUUCUGGAGAACCGGUAGUGGAAAUUUUGAGUA